ACACUUUACUGCUAUUUACAGAGAAAAUGGACAAAGUAGCUUUGGUCGUUCUCCUAGUUUCAAUAACAAUAACAUCGGUAGUUUGUCAAAAGAAUAGGGACUGGCAUGUUGGGGUAGAUACCGUAAACCCCAGCGGUACAGUGGUUCACGGCCACGCCAACAUUCCGCUCCACAGAGGGAACGAUGGGAAUCUGAACGCCAAUGUACACGGAUCUCGCGUGUUUGGAGGACCGUACAACAGAGAGCAGACUGUAGGAGGAGGUCUAAGAUAUGAGCACAACAGCGGACUGCACGGAGGCGUAGACGCUACUAACAUGCGAGGCUAUGGAACGACGUACAGCGGUAGUGUCGGAGGAAGCAGGAGACUCGGGCCCGGAACUUUCUCUUUAGACGGAGGAGCGUCCAGACGACCAGGUUCCAGCCGAACGGAAGGAAACGUUUGGGCUACAUACACUAUUCCUUUUUGAAUAUCUCAUUUAAUAUAGUUGUCCUGUUUAAAAUAUUUAUAUUUGAUUUUCACAACAUAUUUCUAAAUCCUGUUUAUAAUGUUGAUGUGUAAUUUUUAUACGAAUAAUUUGAUUAUAUAACUAAAACAAUUGCUAA